AUGCAGUCCUCAACGUUGUUGUCUUCUUUUGCGCCGAAUCUCAGCGGACAGCUCCUCUCAAGGAUAAUAUCGUUUGCGAUCAAUAUGUAUUUAUUGCGAAAGAUUGAUGGUGAUUUAUUGGGUGUAGUUAACGUUAGUUUGACGUUAUUCUAUACGACGACGAUAUUUAUUGUGCGCGAACCAUUUCGGAAAGCGUUCCUUUCAACGGAUAUCCCAUUAUCAGUAGCUGUUAAUUAUAUCUGGCUCUCUUUCAGACCAUUACUAUGCCCUUUAGUUGCCCUUUCACUCUACUUGAUUGUGUGGAUGCCAUUUUCGACAAUACCACCGGUGGAAUUAGUACCAUCAUAUGGCUGGGCACUAUUUUGUUUUGGUCUGUCAGCAUGGUUCGAGUCUGUGGCUGAGCCGUUUGUUAUCGUAUCGUUAAGAUUUGCAAUGGAUUCUGAGUAUGCGGUCGUGCAAGGUUUACUGGUGGUGAUGCAGCGAGUUGUUGUCAUUUUGCUGAUAUUCUUCACGAAUGACUCGCAUAUUAAACAUCUCUCAAUACUGACCACGUUCACUAUCCAUUCUUUAUUCAAGCAGAUUUUAACCGAUGGGACUGGUUAUGUGCUGACAUUUACGGAUCGUUUCACGUUAUCAAACAAAGCCGUCUUCGAUGCUGUUGAUAAGUUGGGCAGUCUGGUGGCUCGCAUCGUUCUAGCACCCUUAGAGCAUUCCGCAUACCUGUUCUUUUCGGCGAAUUUAAGGCGUGACAUCGCUGUGGAUCAACAAGAACCGAGUGAAGUGAAAAAAGCAAUUGAUACACUCAGUGGGCUGAUGCACUUGACGACGGUUGUUGGUGUUAUCGUUUGUGUGUUUGCCAUUCCAUACUCACCGUUGGCAGUGACUAUCUAUGGAGGUUCCUUGCUGGCCAACAAUUCAGGAGCUUCAAUUUUGCGUUUGUAUUGUGUGUAUAUUGUGGUGAUUGCAAUCAACGGUAUAACAGAAUGUUUUGCGAUGGCAACAAUGAAUAGCAGUCAGAUAUUCGGAGGUACGUCAGGUAUAAUGCAUAGUGCCGCACAUCUGGCCACAGGUGGUGCAUUGUUUCUGUUCGUUUGUAAUCAUAUUUAUCAAACUGAUAUCGAACUAAUGAAAUUCAUCAAUCAACAAAUCAAUUCGGUUCAUCGAAACAUCGAAUGA